AUGAUUCAAAUUAUUGUCUCGUCAGCAACCGACAUAGCAUUCAAAAUUAUCAAUGGCGAGGAAGACGAGUACCGUUUCACCGUGUAUGAUGUUUUGGGGAGGGCCAUCAAUGCUAUUGAUAUCGACGGCGGCAGUUGGGGAAAAAUCCCCAACACCCGGCAAAUGUUUCGGGCAGGAAAGGAGUAUACUGUGAGAUGGUUCGAGGCUUAG